AAUGGAAGAAUCGGCUAAUUUCAGCUCCUGGCCCUUACACCAACAUAAGGGAGCCUACAAGUCAUUUCCAGGCUUGCCCCUUUAUGCCAUGUGUGGGCCCGCCAAUUUGGUUCCUGCCAGGCACUUGCUAAGAUACAAUAAAUGAUCUGCCCAAAACUGGGUGGUGUAUGGGCCUUCCAGAAUGAAAAGCCAGUCCUGCUGCGCUCCCGCCGUGGGCCUGCGAUGCUGGCUUGGGUGGGGCUUGUACCUUCUGCUGAGGUGCGGGGUCCUUUGCGCAUGCGCUUUUGUGGCUGGCUGUGCGCGUGCGUACUAGCACUUCCCAGCAUUCCUGGAGAGGGUGGGUCGUGUGACGUCAGAUCGUUUAAUCCGGAAACGGCGGCCGCAGCAGAGGCUACCGAACCGAGGGGUUGUCGUUGGUGGAGUCCCCAGACUUCGGAGGGAAAGGGGCGUGACCCGGAAGCGGAAGCCCAUCCUUCUCUCGGCUCCGCUAGGUCUGACGGCUGUCUUAGACCUGCUGGUGGAGUCCUACCACCAUGGACCUGUUGUUUGGGCGCCGGAAGACGCCAGAGGAACUACUUCGGCAAAACCAGAGGGCCCUGAACCGAGCCAUGAGAGAGCUGGACAGGGAACGACAAAAACUAGAAACCCAGGAAAAGAAAAUCAUUGCAGACAUCAAAAAGAUGGCAAAGCAAGGCCAGAUGGAUGCUGUUCGAAUCAUGGCAAAAGACCUGGUGCGUACCCGGCGAUAUGUGCGCAAGUUCGUGUUGAUGCGGGCCAAUAUCCAGGCUGUGUCCCUCAAGAUACAAACUCUAAAAUCCAACAACUCAAUGGCACAAGCCAUGAAGGGUGUUACUAAGGCCAUGGGCACCAUGAACAGACAGGUUUGUCCCUCCCAAUCCACUUUCCCAUCCCCAUUGACCUUCAGGCAGGUCACUCACCCUCCCUGCUUCUUCCAGCUAAAAUUACCCCAGAUCCAGAAGAUCAUGAUGGAGUUUGAACGGCAGGCAGAGAUCAUGGACAUGAAGGAAGAAAUGAUGAAUGAUGCCAUUGAUGAUGCAAUGGGUGAUGAGGAAGAUGAAGAGGAGAGUGAUGCUGUUGUGUCCCAGGUACUGGAUGAGCUGGGACUGAGCCUCACAGAUGAGCUGUCAAACCUCCCCUCCACUGGAGGCUCACUCAGUGUGGCUGCUGGUGGAAAGAAAGCAGAGGCCACAGCCUCAGCCCUGGCUGAUGCUGAUGCAGACCUGGAAGAGAGGCUCAAGAACCUUCGCAGGGACUGAACACUCCACCUGGACUCAAUGCCUAGGAUCUUCAUCCUGUCCCCCCUGUAAUAAAGAAAUUUGAACACUAACUUA